GAACUUCCCACAACAGCAGUUAUAGUUAAAUUUAGGCAUUCCACCUGCAAAGCUUUUGAAACCCCUCCCUCUAUAAAUACUUAUACCAGUAUGUAUAUACACCCAUACCAUUAACUAAAAGUCUACAACCAUUUUCUUACAACAAUGGAGGUUUCAAGAAAUCCUAAACCAUCCAAAAUUAUCGGAAGACUUAUAUUGAUCGCCGUUUUGGUUGUUGUGAGUUGUUCAAGGGAGGUUGUUGGGCGCAGAGGACAUAAUGGGUGGCGCAGCUUCGACUACUCUGCUAUCAGCUGCAGGCGCUACACGGCGUCGUUGACGGAUUUCGGGGGAGUCGGCGACGGAGUUACGUUGAACACCGACGCUUUCCGGACGGCGGUCGAUUUCCUCAGCGGGUUCGGACCGGAGGGUGGGUCGAUGCUGUAUGUUCCCCCCGGGAAAUGGCUCACCGGCAGCUUCAAUCUCACCAGCCAUUUCACACUGUUUCUUGAUCAAGACGCCGUUAUUCUUGCUUCUCAGGACGAGAAUGAUUAUCCGGUGAUUGAACCCUUACCAUCGUAUGGUCGAGGAAGGGACACUGAGGGUGGGCGGUUCAUCAGUCUCAUCUUUGGAACCAACCUUACAGAUGUUAUUAUAACGGGGAAUAAUGGAACACUUGAUGGCCAAGGGAAACUUUGGUGGGACAAAUUUCAUAACGGCACGCUAAAUUAUACAAGGCCUUACCUGAUCGAAAUCAUGUACUCUGAAAAUAUUCAAAUCUCCAACAUCACGCUUUUGAAUUCUCCAUCUUGGAAUGUUCAUCCUGUGUACAGCAGUGACAUUAUCAUCGAAGGGAUCACGAUUAUUGCCCCUACAAGAUCCCCGAAUACAGAUGGAAUCAACCCAGACUCGUGUACAAACACGCGAAUUCAGGACUGUUAUAUUGUCUCGGGAGACGAUUGUAUUGCUGUGAAGAGCGGGUGGGAUGAGUAUGGAAUUGCGUUUGGGAUGCCCACCAAACAGCUCGUCAUCAGGCGGGUAACCUGCAUUUCCCCAACUAGCGCGAUGAUUGCACUAGGCAGCGAGAUGUCUGGAGGAAUCGAGGAUGUGAGGGCAGAGGACAUUCUCGCGAUUGAUACAGAAUCUGCAGUGAGGAUUAAGACAGGAGUUGGGAGGGGAGGGUAUGUGAAGGAUAUAUACGUGAGGCGUGUGACCAUGAAAACGAUGAAAUAUGUGUUCUGGAUGACAGGGAACUAUGGCUCUCAUCCUGAUGACAAGUAUGACCCGAAUGCUUUCCCCGUGAUCGAGAACAUCAACUACCGAGACAUGGUGGCUGAGAACGUGACAAUGGCAGGGCGGUUGGAGGGGAUUUCGGGCGAUCCAUUCACUGGAAUCUGCAUAUCUAAUGUCACCAUUGAGAUGGGACAACAUGCUAAGAGACUCCCAUGGAAUUGCACAGACAUUUCUGGGGUUUCAAGUGGUGUGGUUCCUCAACCUUGUGGGCUUUUGCCAGACCAGGGACCAGAAAAGGUUACUUCAUGUGAUUUCCCAACAGAGACCUUGCCAAUUGAGAAUGUUGAAGUUCAGACAUGUGCUUGCAGACACAAAUUACGUAUGGUAUAGUGUGUACUAAAAUCACCUGUAAAGAUAACCUUAAAAAAACAGUUGUAUCGGGCAACCCAGUCAAAUUGGUCAUAUGGUUUGAUUUAUACCCUCCCAAAAAAACAGUUGUAUUGGGACAGUCCAAUCAAAUUAGUCAGACUGUUGACUUAUACACUCCCAAGUAGUGAUUGUGUUUGUCUAUAAGCAUGUUUUUAAAUUAAAGAUAAUAAGAAUGAUUGAUGCAAUGGAACCAAUUAAUGAACUA